UACUCACUGAGCAGACCUCAAGCUUUCUGGCUGCGAACAAGAUUAUUUCUCUCAUUUUACGAAGACAAGGAAACAGUGAGUUACAGCUAACAGCUUGAUAUUUUAGAAAACCUGCAGUUAGAAAAAAAAAGCAGUCUGUAAGUGCUAAACAAAGCUAAACAAUCUGCAAAAUGCAAGCUGUUCGUCAGUGUUCAGUGUGCGCAAGACAUGCUGCUGGAGGACUUAUGCAAAAUCACACGGACGUUUCGCUGCUGCAAAUGAGAGGAACGCUCUCUGUUCGCUUUAUUAGUGGCUCUGAUGGCAGGAGGCCCGGAGUCCAGAAGCUUGGGGAUCUGACAAAACCUUCAUACACCAGUUUAGCACCUUUGAGUGUUGGCCAUGGGCUCUGGCAAAUGGAAAACCUCUCCCACUACUCACUGAUCCGGAGAGCUGCCUCAGUGGUGACAGACAGCUCAAGUACUUUCCUCUCUCAGGCCACCUUGGCUCUCACUGACGCCCUGACAGACUAUUCGAAGGCUGUGCACUCACGCAUCGCUUUUCAAAGACAAUAUUUGGCAGCUGUGGGAAAAGUGAGCCCUGCAGAGGAGCAGUCAUUGAAGCAAGCGAUCAGUGACUGGCGUUCAGAGGCUGCUGAGAGACUGACUGAAUGCAAACGUUUUGAAUCAACCUGGAUCAAUGCUGUCAACCUGUGUAAAGUGGCAGCUGAGGCAGCAUACAGUUCAGGAGCCCAGCAGGCGUCCAUCUCCAUCACAGCAAACAUUCAGGUGGCUCAGUCGCAGGUUCAAGAGGCACAGAAAAGGUCAGAGGAGGCUGAAAAGAAGCUGGCCGAGACUAAAGUAGACGAGAUCCAGAGGAUGGCAGAGUAUGCUGCUUUCCUAGAGGGUAGUGAAGAACGUGAAGUGCAUGAGGCUUAUCUGCGAGAAGACUAGGGCGAAAAUAAAUAGUGUUAGAGAAAAAUAUGUAAAAGUGGAACAGUUUUCUGUUGCAAACCGAUCUAUCUACAGUGUUUGUUUUCCCAGUUUGACUUCUGUUUGUAGCCUGUAAUGUGUACAUACUGUGUAUAUAUUUGUAUUUACGAAAGGAAAUAUAAUUUCAAAAUGGAAAUUUAACCAAAAAGCACUUUAUGAUUAUUUACAAUUUCAUCAUUAUUUAAAACUAUUUAUUUGAUUAGUUAAUGGCAGCAAAUUUAACAGUGGAAUCCACAGUAAAUGUGGUGUGUCAGUGGUGUUUGUCCACAUCAGGUUUUAGAG